GCAUGAAACGGAGUCGAGAGUACACGAGGCGAGCCAGUUCGCUGUCGACUGCGUUCGGAACAGGACGUGUGUCGUCCCACGUCGAGUUUAUUGUCUGAGCAGAGACUCGCGAGAUAACUUUUCUGACCACCACAUUCGUUCUGGUGAACCGAGUUUUGGGAUUACCUGGACCCACAGCCAGUUUGUUUAUACACGUGCCGAGAUUUGUGGAUCUUUACGCGAGGGAAAGAGAAAAAGUGUAUUUGUGCGUGAGGGUGCGUGAAUCGGGGAAGGAAGUAACCGGUGAAGUGCCGGUGGUCCAUGAGAGGAAAAUGACCGACCACGUGGUGGAAAGUACGUUCGAGCUUUCAGCUUUCAUGAAAGCCGGUGUCAUGGCGGGUUCCGAGAGGGACAGUGGCUCCUGCAGCAGCGUUGACGAGGAUAGCAGAUCGAGUCUGCAUUCGCCCACAUCGUCCGAAGAUAGUGUCGAAGUGCAAGUGACACCGAUUUCGUUGCGGAACAAGCGGAAGCUGGCGGAGCCGCGGAAGAUCCAAGAAACGGCAGUCAUCGCUGCGCCAUUGAAGAAGAGGCGGUUUGAUCCUAUUUCCGAGGAGACAACUGUGGAUCAAGAGGCGGCCAAGUCGCUGAACACGUCGAAUCCCUUCCGACCGUGGAUUCCUACUUCUUACAAGAACGAAUUCAAGACGACUACAACUUCAACGACGACGGACACGAUCUCCAAUACGACGGCAACAAUACCGACAACUACGACGACGACAACAAUAACGACAUUGUCUAGCGAGAGAGAAGAAAGAGAGCGAGAAGAAAAAAGGAGAAAAGAAGAUGAAAGGAGAAAAGAAGAAGAAGAAGAAGAAAGGGGGAAAGAGCAAGACGAGACAACGCAAAGGUUGCACGAAUCGUUCAGGAGGCUACAACAUUCUACCAGUCAUAAUCGAUCGGCUGUCACCUCUCGACGAGAGCCUCGCCAGAGGUUGUUCGAGCCAACAGCGCCAGCGACAACAGCAACGACAACGUCUCCGCCGAGCAUGAUCUCUCCAUCGCAUCCUAGACUACAAGACGAACCGUUGUCCUUGGUGGUGAGAAACGAGUCGCCCAGGGUGCCGUCGCACCCCGCUGUAAGUGGUUCCUACGAGAAGACGCCGUCAUACAUGAUGGAACACUUGUUGGCGGCUACAUCCGGCCAUAAUCAUCAAAAUCAUCAGACCCAUCAGAGUCAGCGAAGUCAUCAGAGUCAUCAAACCCCCACGACAUCGAGACACCAGAGUGGUCAGCAGAGAAAUUACAAAAACAUGACGAGGGAGAGACGGAUAGAAGCGAACGCUCGAGAAAGAACCAGAGUGCAUACCAUCAGCGCGGCCUUCGACACGCUGAGACGCGCUAUACCUGCCUUUUCGCAUAACCAGAAGCUGUCGAAGCUAUCAGUACUGAGGAUUGCCUGCAGCUACAUCAUGACACUCGGCAAGAUCCUCGGGAAAGACAACGAAAUAAUGGCAACAAGUAGCAACGGCCUUACGGGCUUGAGUAGUUGCGUGGACCUAGUCUCCAGGACCAUUCAGACGGAGGGCAAGCUCAGGAAGCGGAAAGACGACUGAACGAAUUCGCGUUUCCACCUGUACGACGGAAACAAUAUAUGGAAAUGACGGACAAUAGAUUUUAUUAUAACGGAAACGGCGGGAGACGUUUCGCUCCACAUUGUCAAACGCUUAUACGUCUUUUAUUCCCGAUGCCAUUUAAUUUGCGAGGGAGGGGAGGACGACCUAAGGUUAAGUAAGCCGUUAACCUAAGUGACUGAUCAUCGUCGGUUUCUACGCUGCGCAUAUUAAUUCGUGGAGUAUCGACCAGGAAUGCACUAACUAGAAUCACGAUGGAAGGAUUUUCGAAAGACAUGACGAUAAGAUUUAUUAAUCAAUAAAUUGAAUCUUAUUCGCAAAAACCGUUAUAUGAUAACUAUUUGUCGUUUUACAAAAAUUGUACAUACGCUUUUUGAAAUUAUUGACAUAGUAAGCUUUAAUGGAUAUUACGAACAGAGAGAAUUUUUCACGGCGCCCACAACGGGAAUUCGUCUACUUAGCAGUUGCGCAACCAGAGACAAUAAAUCUUUAGAAAGAUUCCCAUACUUAGAUCAUGCUUAAUUUAUGACAGAUACUGCUGCGGCCGUUGCACCGCGUCAUGGAAAUUACGAUAGAGAGCGGCGAACGUUUAUGUGUAUAAGAUUUGACGACUUAUGAUAGAACUAGUCUCUAUUUUAACCCUUUCGAAACAGUAAUGUUCAUUGUAUCUUAUUUGUUAAUCCUAUACAUCUAUAUUUUUAUCUCAAAGUGCGAAACAUUUAAGGAAGUAAAGUGUAAAUUCAAAUUAAAUGUAUGCGUACCAAUUUAAGUGCGCAGUUUGUCAAAAAAUUAAUUUAAAUUAAACUUUAAUUGAAAAAAAUUAUUAUUUUAAAGUAGAUUUAAGUUUAAUUUAAGAAAGAGUUUAUCAUUAAAAAAUUUAAUAAAAUUAAAUCUUUUUAAAAUUUACACAUACUUUCCUCAGUUCCUUCACUCUCAUUUUCAUAUUACAUUCGUAUCACGUGAAAUGAUUUUUUUUUCGUUUUUUUUGAAUUUUGGAGUUUUUUGGAGUUGGAACUUUAAAAAAAUUUAUUUUUUAUAAAAUAUUCAAACGUCUUAAAUUUCGACUUUUGGGAAAAUAGAUUCGUAUUAUAAUACACAAUGUAUUUUUCUGGCGAGAUUUUCUUAAGUACUCGUCGUGAUACGUUACUUUUUGAAAGGGUUAAACGUGAAGCAUGCAGGUGCACCUUAGCUCGGCUGAACAAAUUCGUGUGUCGCCUAGAGAAAGAGAAAGAAACGAUUUUCAAGUUACGAUCCAUUAAGAUACUAACUUCAACGACAGGGCCAAAAGAUUAAUUGGUCGCCUGUAAUCUGUUGCACCAACUUACGAAAUGCCGAUUUAGGACGAGAAAAAUGGAAAAGGAAUCAGAAGAGAAGACAAUAAAAUAAUGCUAUUUGUGGUAUGAUAAGAUGAUGAAUUUUACGCGUUUGCAUUUUACAUGAAAUUAUGAAGAGUGUCGUCUUUUUACAGAUAUUAUAAUCAAGUAACAUUCAGAUAGGUAUAUGAUAAUCGAGUAAAACCAUGUAACGAAAGAAAAUACCAUCACUAUAGCCAGAUGGGUCCUGCUAGGAUCAUCUCUUUUUCAAGCAGAUUACUUACUUCUCAAUUUUUGGGGCUCACUAUUGGUAAUUCAAAACAAAAUGUAAAUAACGUUAAUUUAACAUGUUUUUUAAAACAGUUUUAAUUAAUAUUCAAUAUUAUAACAGCGAUAAUUUAAAAAAGGUGUGUUAAAUGAUUUUAAUUCUGAUACAUAUGUUAAAUUGUUAUCAAAAGAAUGAUUUCACAAUUCGUUAAAAAAUAUUCGUCAUUAUCAUUGCCGCGGGAAGAAGACGUUACUUGAUCUUAAUUAAAGCUAAAAGAGUGAUUAUGCAGAAAGAAGUUGAAGUAUGUUCACACAGUCUUUUCGCGCAGUGCCGUCGACUGCGUCUCGAAUUUUGUAAAUAGUAAAUGUUGCUAAUGAUUUAUGCCGAAGCGAGCGUAAUCGAGCGUGUUACGCGGUGCGAGGAAGGAGCGCAUUUGCACGUUGGCCUUACGCGACGAUCCGAUGCGGCAUCCGAUGUGUACCUUUCUAUGUUAUAAGAUUUAAAAAAACUUCGAACAAAGUUCAAAUGAAAGUGAAACUCAACAACGAAAA